AUGGCUGGGAAAUCGACGAAGGCAGCUAGAAAGUCGUCUUCCAUUGAUCCUCCAGUUUUGGGUGAAUUAUCAAACCUGGAAGUCGAGUUUCAAGCUCAUAGAGAGGCUACUGCAGCUCGUUUUGAGGAGAUGCAAGCUUCUUUUCAGAAAUCACUUGAUGCUAAUCUGUUGAGUUAUCAGGGUAUGCUUGCAGAGCAAUUUCAGAAGCUUUUCGGAAACCAUCUUGUGUUAACAACAUCUGGAGCUGCUGCUAUUAUACAACCAGAUGGUUCAGUACGUUUUGGAUCUGUGCCAGCGCCCACUCAUGGCUUGCUUCCUAUGUCAGAGAGCUCUUCCUAUAUAGUUUUAGUUAGAUAUGAGGGCAAAACCCUAUUAGGUGCAGGUGUUAGUACUGUGAUGGUUAGUGGUGCUAAUUCCUCUGUGGACAUGUCUACGGUUUUGGGAGCUAAAGGUGGUAGUGGUAUUGCUGGAUUUCAACAUAUUGAUAGGUCACAACCACAGAUGGGUGUGAGUAGUUCUGUGUUGGGAGCUCCACCAUCCCUUGGAUUGACACAAUCAUUUCCUCUAUAUCACACUCAUGGUGUCCCAAAUGUUGUUCAUAACUCACAUGACAUGUUUUCCAUGAACUAUUCUGGUCCAUACACUGCUAGCGGUACCAAUUUUAGCUCGAGUUUUCCAUCUUGCUCCUCUACUCCAUACAUCCACCAGCACACAUUUGUCACCACCAUUGCAGCUCGGAAUUUCAGUAUCGACCCAACUUUUGCUACCACAAUCACCUCUCAUCCCUUGUCACCAAAAGCUAGCAUUAACACCUCUUCUCAGUCUUAUUUUCAAAUCCCUCCUACUCAGAACCAAUAUCAUUCCUACAACUCCAGUCAGUCUUAUUUAGAUCCCAACCUACCUACAAUGAAACAAAUGCGACUUGAUUUUGGGAAUUAUGGAGGAGGAGAUCCAGUGGAAUGGCUCAACAAAUGUGAGCAGUUUUUUGAGUUUUACCAAAUUCCUGAGGAGAGGAAAUUAUCAAUAGCCUCAAUGUAUUUGACUGACAAGGCCUCAGAUCGAUGGUAUAUGUUUAGACAUGAAUUCCCACCUACUUGGCAAGGUUUAGCUGAUUUGUUGAUGAGGGAAUUUAGCAGUUACAAUAGGGCUGCGUGUCAUGCAGCUUUAGCUAGAAUGAAUCAAACUGGAAGUGUUGAGCAAGUUGAGCAAUUUAUGGAACAGUUCACCAAGCUGUCCAGAAGAACACCUGGUAUAUCUCAAGAAGUUUUGGUGUAUUUUUUUAUUGGAGGUUUAAGGGAGGAUAUAAGAGCCGAUGUUCAGGCUUUUAAACCUCGAUCUCUUUAUGAAGCUUGUGAGCUGGCCAGGGUUUAUGAAACUCGAAAUUGGAACCUCAGACACGCUUCAAGGUAUAAUAUGGCACCAAGGACAGAAGGGAGUCACCCUGUUACUCAUAUUAAACCUCCAAUCAGUUCAAUGGCUAAAGUGUCAACAGGAGCUUCUUACCAAGGUAGAAAUGUUCAAGCAGUUCCCUCUAGCAACUCUAAUAUUAAAUUCAAACUUACUGAUUCUGAGUUUGAGGCUAGGAGAGCUAGGAAGCAACGCUACUUCUGCGAUUCACCUUAUGUACCUGGUCAUAACUAUCGAAAGAAAGGCCAGUUAAUGAGUUUAGAGAUUGUUCCAGAUGAAGAUGAACUCAUGAUGCUUGAUUCAAGUGAGUCACAGAGAGAAGUACCACCCAUUACAGACUUAGAUGAACCACUGAUUAGACUGCAAGUGAUGGGAGAUGAUAGUGCCACAACUGAGACCAUGCAGUUAAAGGGACGACUAGGGAAUAAGUCGGUUCAUGUUCUCAUUGACUUUGGUGCCACUCAUAACUUUAUACACCCUCAGUUGCUUAAGGGCACAAAGUUUCCAGUCCAAUAUUUCUCUCCAUUGAAUGUGAGACUAGCUAGUGGAGCUAAAAUGAAAACUCGAGGCGAGGUACAUGCUCAACUGAGUUUACAGGAUUUUAAUUUUGCAGCUGAUUUUUAUAUUUUACCUGUGACUGGCUGUGAAAUAGAGUUGGGAGCCGGGUGGUUGAAAUCUUUAGGUGAUAUCCUAUGGAAUUUUGAGACUAUGAGGAUGAAGUUCAAGGUGUCGGAACUUGAGUAUAUGCUACAGGGUAUCGUUGCACCUUCUGCAUCUGUCAUCAGCUGCAAGGCUAUGACUAGGUUAUUAAAAAAAGAGAAAGAGGCAAUGUUGGUUCAAGUUCAGUCACUGACCACCAUAGAGCCAGCCCAAAGUCCACCAAAAGACAUUCAAGUGCUCUUUGACAAAUAUGCAGCAUUGUUUGAAGUCCCUACCUCACUUCCACCAGCUAGGAAACAAGAUCACACUAUUGAACUGCUGCCAAACACCCCUCCGGUUAGUGUGAGACCAUACAGAUACCCCCAUUUUCAGAAAACUGAAAUUGAGAAAAUUGUGCAGGAGUUGUUGGAUAAUGGAGUUAUCAGGCCUAGCAAAAGCCCUUUUUCUUCUCCUGUUUUGCUUGUUAAAAAAAAAGAUGGCACAUGGAGGAUGUGUGUUGAUUAUAGAGCUCUCAAUUCUGUUACAGUUAAAGAUAAAUAUCCUAUCCCAGUUGUUGAUGAACUGCUUGAUGAAGUACAAGGUUCCACAAUCUUCACUAAGUUGGACUUGAGGUCUGGUUACCAUCAGAUUCAGAUGAGUGUUUCAGAUGUGAGCAAAACUGCUUUUAGAACUCAUAAUGGACACUAUGACCCUGAUUUGCCUUCUCAUUUGGAGCAUCUGGAAAUGAUUUUCAGACAAUUGCAGCAGCAUAAAUUAAAGGUUAAGCAAAGCAAAUGCAGCUUUGGAGUUCGCCAGGUUGAGUAUCUUGGCCAUGUUAUAAGUGCAAAGGGAGUUUCUGUGGAUCCAAAGAAAGUUGAGUGCAUCAGAACUUGGGAAAAGCCAAAGACUGUGAAAGGACUACGGGGUUUUUUGGGUCUUGCAGGGUAUUACAGGAAGUAUGUCAAAAAUUUUGGGAUCAUUGCUAAACCACUUACAGAUAUGCUGAGAAUUGGGGGCUUUCAGUGGUCACCAUUAGCUGAAAUAGCAUUUGAAGAGCUGAAGCAUGCUUUAAUGACAACUCCUGUGUUGGCCUUCCUGAUUUUACUAAACAGUUUAUAA